AUGGCAACAGCAACAACAACAGUAACAGCACUAGCAGCAACGACAAUAAUAACAAAUACGGAUGGAAUUAAAAAGCUUGUUGGAAGUAUAUUUAAUGAUCUGAAGAAACACAUUUUGUUGGCGCUCCUGUCUACCAUUCACAAGCAAUGUCAUUUUUCUGCCAUUUCAAAGAGGAAAGAACCCAAUCUUCCACAUAUCAGAGCUGACGUGGUGCAGAGACGGAUGGUUAUGGCUGUGGUUGUAGUUGUGGUGAUGGGUGGCGGUAAUGGCGCUUGUGGUAGUGGUGCUAUAGCGCUGUACACUAUAGCAACGCAGCAUCGGAGCUGUUCCGCUGAUGAUGCAUUUACAAUUCUCUCUUGUUACCUUUUUGUUUUUCACAAAAAAUUUCUGAAAAAAAAAUAA